AUGCCGAAUCAGGAAUUUGAUUUCUUCGAUUACCUUGGCCCAUUGGCUGUUGCUGUUUGCUUUGCAUUAACGCUUUUUAUUCUUUCAUUGAUAUUCAACUUUUUACUAAUUCGCAAAAGUGAUGAUCGAACAGUAAUCGAAAAGUUUGGUUCAACGUUUGACCUGCGUUGCGGAGUACACAGAAUGCGGCAUCGACCAAACGAGUCUCGAAAGCAGCAAAGAAUAUUAGACAGUAGUGUGAUCUGA